AUGUCAACGCCACCAACUACUCCAAACCUUGAGGUUGAGACAUCAAUAAACCUCUUUUUGAUUCUAGGUGUUAUUGCUUCUUUUCUGAUAGCAAUAAUUAUAGUUUAUAUCAUAAGUGCUUGCUACGAGAAAGCCAAGAGGCUGCUUCCACCCCAAGAUAUUGAAACUGGUGGCUUUCUCCCCCAAGCCAUGCAAGGCCAAGGCCAACCGCGGCGGCAGCAGGCUUCAAAGCCGAUAAUCCUGGCGGGGGCUGUAGUUAUAUACAGGAAUAUUGAGGAAGAACCAGAAGAAGCAAAGUACUGCAGCAACGAGUGUGCGAUAUGCUUGGAAGAGUUCAAAGAAAGGGAUCGUUGCAGGAUUUUAUCCAAGUGCAAACAUAUCUACCAUAUUUGUUGUAUAGAUCGGUGGCUGCUCAAGGAGUUGCAUUGCCCGCUUUGUCGUGGUUCUAUCCACGCUACACUACCAACUCAUGUUCAAACUGCUUGA